AUGCUCUUACAUUUCAAGUUUUUGUCCCUGGCCUUUCUUUCACUGGCUUCAGGUGUCACCUCCCUGCCUCAAGCCCACGAAGCUCUAUCAGCUGUCUCCCUCCGCAACACUGAUGUUCGUCGGGCAGCUGCGCUCGAGCCCUUCGAGGCCUAUGCCUUUACGUACUUUACAGGCAACUCGAUUGCAGGCGAAAAGAUCUAUCUUGCUGCUAGCAAAGGCAACAAUGCACUUGAUUGGCAGGAGCUCAAUGGCGGAAAGCCUGUUUUGAGCUCAACAAAGGGCACCAAGGGCUUGCGAGACCCCUUUGUCAUUCGCUCUGUUGAAGGCGACAAGUUCUUCCUCAUCGCCACCGACCUUUCCAUCGGUAGUGGUACAUCCUGGGGCGACGCUGUCCGAAAAGGCAGUCUUUACCUCGAGAUCUGGGAGUCGAACGAUCUUAUCACCUGGUCUGCUCAGCGACACAUCAAGGUGUCCCCCAACAACGCCGGCAACACCUGGGCCCCCGAAGCUUUCUGGGACAGCGAGAAGAACUCUUAUGUCGUGUUCUGGGCUUCGUCUUUGUACAACACAGCUGACCACUCUGACAACUCUUACCAUCGCAUGAUGUAUUCUCUUACUCGCGACUUUGUCACCUUCUCCGAGCCUAAGAUCUGGCAGGACAGCAAGACAUCGCGCAUCGACACUACUGUCGUAAAGUCAGGAAAUUCCUUCUACCGAUUUACCAAGGAUGAAGGAUCUGUCAGUGGCUGCACUGAUAUCAUUCAAGAAAAGUCCUCGACUCUGCUCGCCGACGUCAGCAAAUGGUCCGUCCAAGCCACCUGUAUCGGCAAGAACGCUGGGUUGCAAGCUGUUGAGGGCCCUACAGCCUUCAAGUCCAAUCCCAAGGACGUAAACGGUGAUAAGUUCUAUCUCUUUGUGGAUGAAUAUGGUGGUCGUGGUUAUGUCCCUCUUGAGACCGCAAACCUGGACAAGCCUACGUGGAAGGUCUCGGCCAAGUAUAAGCUUCCUACCAGCCCGAGACAUGGAACUGUCAUUCCUAUUACUAAGGCAGAGCACGCGAAGCUUAUGAGUGCUUUCGGUGCAUAG